AACCACUGCCAAAAUAUCAAAUCUCGGAGAAAAAUCGCGGAACGAGGUGAAUCCGCAGAGAGAAAAGAAACGCACUCAGCAACGAAUAAAAAUCACCACUAUCACCAUGACUGAUUUUGCAAGCAUGCGAGUCUGGAGCAACGAGGAGGCAACUAGAGAUAAUCCAAUCUGUUUGGAUGACAUUCUUGCAGACGAUGUGCAUGAAACCCCAAAAAAGAAAAAGGGCAGAAAGAAAAAAAAUCGUCGCCGCAAAAAAUAUACCGACGAAGAAUCCACCGUGGCCGAUUCUGUCCUCAGCUCUAUUCUCACCGACGACGAAGAGUUUGAUAACAACACUACUGACCAAGUGUUCGGGAAGAAAAAUUUGAUGACAUUGGACGAAGAUAAACCUUCUCCGCAAGUCAACCACUAUGAAAAUACAGCAUCAAUGACUACAAAUAUAAUUGACGCGGAAAAGCACGACCGCAAAGCACGCCUAGAACAAAUCAAGGCGCGCAGAAACCAAAGAAAACUUCAGAGAGAAAAGAUGUAUCCAUCUUCUGAUGAUGAAGACGCAAAUAACGGUGAUGAUCUCAGCAAGAAUCCAUUUUGUGACUUUCAUCAAAUGGCUCAUGUUGUCAAAAACGACGACGAUGAUCUCAGCAAGAAUCCAUUCAGCGACAACAAAGAAAGCAAUGAUAACGAUGAUGGUCUCGGUAAGAAUCCGUUCAGCGACAACAAAGAAAGCGAUGACAUCGAUGAUGAUCUCAGUAAGAAUCCAUUCAGUGAUAAAAAAGAAAGCUACGUGGUCGAAAAUGAUGACGAUCAUAGCAAAAAUCCUUUCAGUGAUAAGAAGGUUGCCACGGGCAAGCCCACUGCAGAUGACGACUUAAGUCAGAAUCCUUUCAGCGAUGACCAUGCUGGAAGUGACAGCGAUGAGUCUUCUACUAUCCGUCCCCCUCCCGAAUCGACCUACCUUGAGGAAGCGAAAGUCGAUAGCCAACAGAAGAGCGACACAAACCCUUUCGAUGACGAAGCCAAUGAGGAUGACUAUGAUCAAGAAACAUUUCAGUCAGCCGUGUCGGAAGAGAUCGAUAGUGACGAAGAAGACAUUAUCGAAUCUUCUCGACGCCUUCUCCGAUGCGUCGACCAGCGCAUCCAGUAUCAGCAACAAAAUGAUGAGGCUGCGUCCCUGAAGGAGCAGAUCCACCAAAUGAAGAUCCAAGCAGAGGCUAUGGCCGAGCAACUCCGCCGAGCUGUGGAAACCAAGUGCGAUCUCGUAUUAGCACAGAAUGAGAUGGAACGACGCCACGAGCAGGAUCUAAUUGCAAAAGAUGGCGAACUUCGGGACCUCCGCAUGUACAUUCAGGAUAUUUUGGAGCAGCAGGCCCAAUCAGAACUGAAUUUUAUGAACGAGAUCUCUUCGUUAGCCCGUACUGUCGAGGCCGACAAGGCAAAGCACAAAGAGCAGCUUGACAAAAAGGACCACCGAAUCUCCAUGCUCGAAACCCGGAUUGAGACAAUGCGAGUUUCCUCCGUCCGCGGAUCAUCGAAGAAUGCUUACCGUAGUCGCUAUAGCAACGCUGCUACGAAAGAGCUGAUGCCUUCCUAUGAGUAAGGACAAACUAUAUACCUGUAUGGUUGCGAUUCUAUUUGUGUACGUUAUGCUACAAGAAGAAACCAUUCACGCGCUUGGUUAGUGGCAUCCCGCCAUUGGAAAAGAUAAUAUGUAUUGCACGAAAUGUAAUUAAUGUUGUUGAAAGCC